AUGACGAAGCCAAUCCGUGUUUGGCUGACCGCCCCUGGCCCCAAUCCUUGGAAGGUCAUUGUCGUUCUUGAGGAGCUUGGUGUUCCAUACGAGAUCGAAUGCAUCAGUUUCGAGAACGUCAAGAAAGAACCUUUCAUCAACGUGAACCCGAACGGCCGAGCUCCUGCGAUCGAGGAUCCCAACACCGGGAUCACACUAUGGGAGUCUGGCGCCAUUCUCGACUAUCUAAGCAGGCAGUAUGAUACAGAUAAUCGUAUCAGUUACGAGGGGUUCAAGGAGCAGACUCUGUGUGGACAGUGGCUUGCAUUCCAGAUCAGCGGCCAAGGGCCCUACUUUGGACAAUGCACAUGGUUCAAAUAUCUGCACCCGGAAAAGGUUCCGUCUGCUGUCGAGCGUUACGCUAACGAAAUCAAACGGGUGCUGGGCGUCCUGGACGGGACCCUCGCUGCUAAGCCCAAAGAUCAGCAAUGGCUGGUCGGGGACCGCAUGACUUUUGCAGACCUUGCCUUUGUCCCCUGGAAUGAUAGACUGGAUGCAACGCUUGGAGUUCCUUAUGACAAGAAGUUUGAGGGAUUCCCACAUGUGCAGGCAUGGCACGAGAGUAUGGUCAAGCGCCCGUCCUGGAUCAAAGCCAUGGACAUCCGCGCUCGUCUCCUGGAAGAGCAAGGUUUCGGUCGGGAUGGCAUGCCCAAGGGUACCAAGAACGUCCAGUAA